UGCCGAUUCGUGCCGUGGCCGAUAUCGAUAACUACAAAAUACGAAUACAUACAUACAAAUAUAUAUAUAAUUUGUGUUGUGCGGGUGUGUGCGUGCGAUAUUCAAGUUCACAUAUCAAAAAGCAAUAAAUAAAUUUAAAACGCCAGAAAAUUUUUAGCAAAAAGAUUUCUUAAACAAAUACUAAAACGACAACUGCAACAUCAACAACAACAACGAAGCAAAACACACAUAAUAAACAACGACAACAAUUAGCACGAAAACUUUCUAAAAACGCAUAAAUCAUUUAUUUAUCAACUACUAAAAACCAACUGCAUCACCGACCAAAUUUGAUUCAUCGAAACUGGCGCUGUUUUCGGCAACUGCGAAUUGAGUGCCUUUUACAAUUUCUACACGUAAUACACUAAAUUUAAGACUAGCACUAGGAGCUGAACGAGUCAGGCUUAAAUCCAGACCGAGACGAGGACAACGACACAACAACAAGGAUGUCCACAUUAUCGCUGCGCAUACAGCUGGAAGGUGGUCGGGUGACCAAGACCAUACAAUUCCAACCAAAUACCACAGUCUUCGAUGCUUGCAAAAUCAUACGCGAUAAAUUCGCCGAAGCGGUGCAAGGACAACCCAGCGAAUAUGGACUCUUUAUUUCGGAUGAGCAGAAUCAGCAAGGCGUCUGGCUGGAGGCGGGACGCACUCUGGGCUAUUACAUCCUGCACAAUCAGGACACGCUCGAAUAUCGCCGCAAGCUUCGCACGUUGCGUGUUCGCAUGUUGGAUGGCGCUGUCAAGACCAUUUUGGUCGAUGACUCGCAGCCCGUGUCGCAGCUGAUGGUGGUCAUCUGCACAAAGAUUGGCAUCACCAAUCACGAGGAAUAUGGCCUGGUGCGUGAGGACAACGAGGCCCAGAACGAGAACUUGCCGGACAACAAGUUUGGCACGUUGACGCUGAAGCGAAAGUUCACCGAAAAGGAUCGCGAUGCCAAAAUGGAAAGCUUGCGCAAGAAACUCAAAACCGACGAUGAAAUGAAUUGGGUUGAUGUGGGUCGCACGCUGCGUGAGCAAGGCAUCGAUGAGUCAGAGACUGUGCUGCUGCGUCGUCGCUUCUUCUUUUCGGAUCAGAACAUUGAUUCCAGAGAUCCCGUUCAGCUGAAUUUGCUGUACGUGCAGGCCAGAGAUGCCAUACUUGAUGGCACACAUCCUGUCACACAGGAUAAGGCUUGCGAGUUCGCUGGCAUUCAGGUGCACAUCCAAUUCGGACCGCACAACGAGGCCAAGCACAAGCCUGGAUUCUUGGACUUAAAGGACUUCUUGCCACAGUCGUAUGUGCGCGUCAAGGGCAUUGAGAAGAAGGUCUUCUUGGAGCAUCGCAAGCACUCGGAUCAUUCGGAGAUUGAUGCCAAAGUGUUGUACACCAAAACAGCGCGAGAGUUGCCCACUUAUGGCGUCACCUUCUUCUUGGUCAAGGAGAAGAUGAAUGGCAAGAACAAGCUGGUGCCACGUCUCUUGGGUGUGACCAAAGACUCUGUGCUGCGUCUGGAUGAACGCACCAAGGAGAUUCUCAUCUCUUGGCCACUGACAACAGUGCGUCGUUGGGGUGCUUCGCCCAACACUUUCACCCUGGACUUUGGCGACUAUGCAAAUCAAUAUUAUUCAGUGCAGACGACGGAAGCCGAGCAAAUUGUGCAACUUAUUGCGGGCUACAUUGAUAUCAUAUUGAAGAAGAAACAAACCAAGGAUCACUUCGGCAUCGAGGGUGAUGAGGGCUCCACCAUGGUGGAGGAGUCUGUGACGCCAUCUCAGGCCACUUUCUUGCAACACGAAACAAAUCGUUCAGAGAAACUUAACCUGGAGAGUCUCGCUCAUCCUGGUAUUAUGCGGACUGCUGACGGUGAACGCACCUUUAUCCAGAACGAGGUGCAGACCGUGCAGUACGGCGCCUUUGUCGGUCAGGUUAACCAUGCACAUCAGCCGCCCACGACUAAGGAAGUACGCAUUAGUUCUGUGAAUCUGACGGAGCCGCAACGCGCCUUGCUUGGCUAUAUAUCAGCUGGCCAGGAUGUCUUGAUACGCGCCGACGAGGAGCUGCGCACUAAGGCACCCAUUCAAGAGCUGGGCAGCGAUUUGCGAUCGAUUGAGUGGCGUGAGAACACGCUGGACACCUCGAAGCAGGCAGUCAGCUCGCAUGUGGCCACGAUGAGUGCAGCCACCGCGCAAAUUAUAACUGCUUCGCAACCCGAUGAGGUUGACACCGAAGCCAUCUCAGCAUCUGUGUCGCAGAUUGCUCAGACCAUACCCGAGGUGACGAAGGAAGUGCGUCUGAUUGCAGCGCUCAUGGAAAACGAUUCGAAUGGCGAUCAAUUGUUGGAGGCAGCACGCAAUCUGUGCAAUGCAUUCAGCGAUCUGCUAAAGGCAGCCGAACCGGAGAGCAAGGAGCCACCACAGCAUUUGAUUAAUGCCGCCAGUCGUGUGGGAGAGGCGACGACGCAUGUGCUCAGUACCAUUGCCGAGGAGGAGGCACCCGAGAAUCGUGAUCUGCAUGACAUGCUCUUGGCUUUGGCCAAGGCGGUGGCCAAUACCACUGCAGCUUUGGUGCUGCGUGCCAAGAAUAUCGCGGCCAGCUGUGAGGAUGAUCAGGCACGCAAUCGUGUGAUUGGCGCAGCGAGUCAAUGCGCUUUGGCCACCAGUCAGCUGGUGGCGUGUGCCAAGGUUGUGGCACCCACGCUGCACAAUGCCGCUUGCCGGGAGCAACUCGAAGCCGCCGCUCGUAAUGUGGCCAGAGCUGUUAAUUCACUGUGCGAGGUAUGCAAUGAGGCCAGCAAUGAUCCCAAACUGAAGGAUGAUCUUUUGGCCGCAGCGCGCGAUGUUUCCAAAUCGCUUAUGGAAAUGUUGGAGCACGUGAAGCUGAGCUCUCGGGAGCAGGCGCAUCGUACCAGCCAGGAGCUGAGUCCCGUGGAGAAUGUCAUCAUUGGCACCGACAUUCUGGUGUCCACCAACGAUCCCCAGGAAAUGGUGCGUCAUGCACGCACUUUGGGGCAGACCACAGCUCAGCUCAUACAGAGCAUCAAGGGCGAGGCGGAUCAGCAGGAGGAUGCGGAUAUGCAGCGUCGUCUGUUGUCGGCUGCCAAGCAGUUGGCCGAUGCCACAGCCAAGUUGGUGGAGGCAGCACGUCUCUGCUCCUCGAAUCCCCACGACUCGGACAAUCAGAAUGCGCUGCGUCGCGCUGCUGAGGAGCUGCGUGAGAUCACCACGAGCACAGCGAAUACGCCAGCCAUGAAGCGUGAGCUCAUCCAACGCCUGGAAUUCUGUUCCAAGCAGGCGGCAACAGCAGCCACGCAGUGCAUCUCGGCUGCUCAGAAUGCUGUGCAACACAGUCAGGAUCAUCAGACCAAGGAACAGCUGCUGCAGGAUUGCAAACGCGUGGCGGACACCAUUCCACGUCUGGUCACCUCGUUGAAGACAACACGCGCUCAACCGGACGAUUCCAAUGUGCAGCUAAAUCUGAUUGAAGCCGCCGAGCAGUUCAUUGAACCGGCUCUCUCAGUGUCCAAGUCUUCGCGUGCUUUGCAGCCAACAGUCACUGAUAUCCCAUCGGCCACGCAGCUCUCCAAGUCCGCGCUGCAUUUGGGACAGAGCGUCUCGGCAUUGCAUUCGGUGGCGCAGCGUGCUCGCGAUGCUUGCGGUGGUCAAGAGCUGGAGUCGGCGCUGGAAGCAGUGCGUAAACUGCAUCAUGUGUUAGAUGACACACGCCAAGCGGCGUUGGCGGGUCAACUGCGUCCGCUGCCCGGGGAGACGGUGGAGAACACUGCCGAUGAGCUGCGCAAGUCGGCAAAGAAUGUGGGCAUCGCUUUGAGUCAGUUGCUCAGCUCGGUACUGCAGGGACAACGCAGUUAUGCUGGUGCCGCUGGACGUGAUACAGCCUUGGCUCUUGGGGACUUUACCAAGAGCGUGCAUGGUGUGGCGGCAACCACACAGAAUCCGGCGAUUAUCGAUUGUGCCGAUGAUGUGGUCACGAGCUCAGCGCAACUCAUUGAGCAGGCGCAGCGCACGCUGCAGGGCGUCUCCGAUCCUCAGGCCUUGACUCAAGCUGGACGCGAUGUCACUGGUGCUUUGUCACGCACUGUGGACUGCAUUCCCGGCCAGCGUGAGGUGGAUGCCGCUUUGCGCAAUGUCAGCGACCUCAGCGAGAUUUUGUCGGUCAGCGAAUUUCCACCUUCGAAUCGUCCUUACGCCGAACUGCAAUCGGAGCUAAAGCAGGUGGCCGAGCAGUUGAGCAGCUCUGGUGGACAGAUUGUGCAAUCCUAUGCUAGUCCUGCGCUGCUGGCCGACAGCAGUCAGCACUUUGCGGCCAACUAUCGGGAUCUGUUGUCCGUGAGCAUGCAGAUGGCGGGUCAAACGCAAACCGAUGAACCUCUGCGCUCCCAGAUGAUCGAACGUCUACGCAAUGUGUCCACACAAUCGUGUUCGCUGCUAUCCACAGCCAAAUCGAUUGCUGCCGAUCCCGGACAGCCGAAUGCCAAGAAUCUGCUGCAUGCAGCCGCUCGCAGUGUGACGGAAAGCAUCAAUCAGCUGGUGGAUGCCAGCAUUCAGUCUGCGCCAGGACAAAAGGAAUGCGACAAUGCGAUGCGCAACAUUGAGGCGCUGCGUCUGAUGCUCGACUAUCCCCACGAGCCGGUCAACGAUCAGGGCUACUUCGAUUGCGUCGAGCAGGCCACCAACAAGUCGAGGAGUCUGGGCUACGCCAUCUCCGACAUGAUCAAUAAUGCCAAGCAGUCGCAGCAUGUGGAGUUCAGUCAGUCGGUGAAUAAUGUGAACGACUCGAUCCAGGGACUCAUGGAGAGCUCCUCGCAGGCGGCCUAUCUCAUUGGUGUCUCUCAUCCCAGCAGUGUGGCUGGACGUCCCGGUAUCAUUGAUCAGGCACAACUCACCUGGGCCUAUCAGGGCAUACGCCAACACUGCGACAUUGUGAGUAGUGCGCAGUCCACGAAGCCGCAGAUGAUCUCGGCACUGACGGUGAUUGCCAAGCACACGAGUUAUCUGUGCUCGAUUUGCCGACAGGCUAGCAUGAAUACUAGCAAUCCGGUGGCCAAGAACGAGUUCAUUGUGCUGGCCAAACAGGUGGCCACCGCCACCUCGGAUCUGGUGCAGGACAUCAAGGCCAUUGAGGAGCACCCAACGGGCGGCAGUCGCGAACGUUUGGUGGAACCGCUGCUCGAGGCUGUCAAGGCGGUGCGUCAAUACGCUUCCAGCCCCGAGUUCAUCUCGAUUCCGGCGAAAAUCUCCGCAGAGGGUCGCAAGGCACAGGAGCCAGUUAUACAAGCGGGACGCGGUGUCAUCGAUGGCGUUGUUGAGAUGGUCAAGGCAGCCAAAUCAUUGGCGCUGCAACCCGACAAUCCACCCGUGUGGCAACAGCUCUCCAUGCACUCGACGCCAGUCUCGGAGUCGGUGAAACGUCUUGUGGACAACAUACGCGAUAAGGCACCAGGACAGGCACAAUGCGAGCAAGUGCUUCACACGCUGGGAACUUGCACCAGGGAGCUUGACAGCUGCGCCUUGGCGGUGAAUGCUCAGGGAUUGAGCCGACGUCGCGAUAACAAUCUGCAUGGCUUCAGCGGACAGACGAUGAACUCCGCAGCUGAACUUCUCGAUAAACUGGAACCCAUACGCGUGGCGGGCAAGAAUAAUGCCGAGCAGCUGGGACAUUCGGUGGGCGAGAUCUCCAGAUAUGUGGUGCCCAUGGUGAAUGGCGCCAUCGGCGCUUGCACACACAUUGUGCACAGCCAGCAGCAAAUGUCGCUGAUCAAUCAGACCAAGUCGGUGGUGGAAAGCGCUAUCACAUUGGUGCAAUCGGCCAAAGACUCUGCUGGCAAUCCACGUGCCACGAAUGCUCAUCCACGUUUGGAUGAGGCCAUCGAUGGCACUCGGGAAGCCAUUCAGGAGUUGCAGCAAACCGUGGAGAAGAUCAACGCGGAGACAGGUAUUGUUACCGGACUCAUGGAGCAGGUGAAUCGUGCCAUCACUCGUCUCACCGAUAAGCGGCAAUCGCUGUUGAAUGCCUCGUACUCGGACACCUUUGUGGACUAUCAGACACGCAUGGUGGUCACCGCCAAGGAGAUUGCACGUCUCAGCAACGAGAUGAAUGCCAAGAGCAGCGUCGAACCCGCUGCACUGCCUCAGCUGGCCGUCGACAUGACCCAGCAUUAUCAGCAGCUUACCCAGGAUUCGGUGGGUGCGAGCACCACAACUACUUCUCCGGACGUAGCCAUGCGCAUACGCACCACGGUCAUUGAUCUAGGUCGCUCGGUCAGUUCUAUGAUUCAGUCGUCAGCUGGUGGAGCUAGUCCAAAUGAUGCCAGCGCCCAGAAGGAGAUUGCACGCAAUACACGUGAAGUAUCCGAGAAGGUGGCCCAAGUUUUGGCUGCCCUGCAAGCCGGUUCUCGCGGUACUCAGGCCUGCAUCAAUGCCGCUCACACCGUGUCCGGUAUUAUUGGUGAUCUAGACACGACCAUUAUGUUUGCCACUGCGGGCACAUUGCACUCUGAUGGCGACGGCAGCUUUGCUGAUCAUCGUGAGCACAUUCUGCAGACCGCCAAGGCUCUGGUGGAGGACACCAAAGUUUUGGUUACAGGAGCUGCAGGCACACAGGAUCAGCUGGCAAAUGCAGCACAAAAUGCCGUCUCUACCAUAACUCAAUUGGCUGAGGCUGUCAAGCGUGGUGCCUGCUCCUUGGGAUCCUCGCAACCGGAUUCCCAGGUCAUGGUUAUCAAUGCCGUCAAGGAUGUGGCCUCUGCGUUGGGCGACUUGAUCAACUGCACCAAGUUGGCCUCAGGCAAGCCCAUACACGAUCCCUCCAUGCAGGAUCUGAAGGAGAGCGCUAGGGUUAUGGUGCUCAAUGUUUCCUCACUGCUGAAGACCGUUAAGGCUGUGGAAGAUGAACACACUCGUGGUACAAGAGCUAUGGAAGCCACUGUGGAGGCCAUUUCACAGGAGAUACGCGCCAUGCAGACACCUCCUCCAGUUGGUAGCCCCCAAGUGGGUCCCGAGGAUCUGAUUCGCGUCACCAUGAAUGUCACAGCUGCCACUGCCAAGGCUGUUGCCGCUGGCACCUCCAAUCUGCAAGCGGACAUUGUUUCCGCUGCCAAUUUGGGACGUCGUGCCAUCUCAGACAUGUUAAUUGUCUGUCGCUCCGUGGCCUGGAACUGUGCUGAAACCGAAGAGCUGCGUGUGCGCACUAUUGAGGCAGGCACUGCGGUCGCAGAAUCCUAUCGAGAGCUGCUCAAUGGCAUUCUCCACAAUUGCAGUGCCGAUGAUCGCAUGCAUUUGUCACGUCGUGUGGCCAAGUGUGUCACAGAUCUCGUGGCCAUGGCACGUCUCCUGAAGGGUUCCGAUUGGAUUGAUCCUGAGGAUCCUACAGUGAUUGCUGAGAAUGAAUUGCUGGGCGCAGCUGCGUCCAUUGAUGCGGCUGCCAAGAAGUUGGCUUCGCUGCGACCACGUCGUCAGGAGGAUGUUACGAUCGAACUGGAUGAGAACAUGAAGUUCGAUGAGAUGAUUCUGGAGGCUGCCAAGGGCAUUAUGGCUGCUUCAGCUGCUUUGGUGCGCGCUGCCAAUGCCGCUCAACGUGAGCUCAUUGAUCAGGGCAAGGUGGCCCGUCGUCCACUCACCAGCUCCGAUGAUGGUCAAUGGUCCGAGGGUCUGAUUUCAGCAGCUCGCCUUGUCGCCGCCGCCACACACAGUCUGGUAGAGGCUGCACAGAAUUUGGUGCGCGGUGCGGGUACCGAGGAGAUGCUCAUCUCAACGGCCAAGCAGGUGGCUGCUUCGACAGCUCAACUGCUGAUUGCUUGCAAGGUUAAAUCCAAUCCCAACUCGGAGGCUGGUCGUCGUCUGCAGGCUGCUGGUAAUGCUGUCAUCAAGUCCACCGAUAAUCUGGUGCAAGCAGCACAGCAAGGACUCGAAGAUGAGGAGGUUCAUUCGCUGAAGAUCAACACAUCGAUGGUGGACGGCAUGGCGCAGGAGAUCAAUGCGCGUUCCGCGGUGCUGCGCAAGGAGAAGGAACUGGAGGAAGCACGUCAACGUCUCAAGCAUGUGCGCCAAGCGCGUCGCUAUGUUAAGAACCCACAAGGAUUUACCACAGAUGAGAGCGACACUGAAUACGCCUACGGCACAGUCAACAAGAGCCAAAACAAUACUUUGGGUCGCGGAGCUGCCUACUAUGGAUCACAGUCGGGUGAUCUGCCCAGUUCGCCCAGCUACUACUCAGGUGGCAGCGGUGGUCAACAGAAGCAUCAUUACAGUUAUGCCAGCCCACAGCCACAGCAUUUCCAUCAUCCGGGUGCGGUGUCGCCACCGCCAGCAAAUUAUGCGCCUCUGGAUGAUGCCAAUGGAGGAGAUUUCCCACCACCACCGCCACCGUUGUCCCAAACCAUUUCUAACAUGCAAACAGCCACGUCAACUCACAGUUUUCGCUCUAAUCCCAAAUUAACCGCCAAUGCUGUGCCACGCCCAUAUCCUGGCAGUCCCGGAGCCGGUGUUGGCAGCAAUGGUUUCACAUCCGCUUCGGCCACACCCACUAAUCCCAACAACUACCAGCAUAGCUUUGAAUCGUCCAGCAUUAAAACGAAGAACUCAUCCACAUCUGCGCCCGUUGUGCCACCGCCGCCACCACAGAAGCCCGUCAAUCGCAAUCUAGAGGCGUGCGUGCAGGAUCUACAUGACAAGACCUUCGGCCAGGGCGGCGUUGUCCAGCUCACCAGUGGCAAUGCGUAUCCCGGCCAAAACUACGAGGGUUAUACAUCCAGAUAUGAAACACGCAACUUUGACAAGUCGGCGAAUAACAGCAACAUCAGCAGCAGUGACUUGGGCGUCAUUCAACCACUGGAUUCGAGCUUUUCACAAAUGACACUCAAUACGGAUGGUGGCAAGAUCAGCAUUGUGGAUCAGGGCUCGGAGCGUUUGACAUCGAUGACACAGCGCGUCAUGGAGCGCAAAUCGUUUACGACAACAACGGAAUCGCGAUCCGAAACGAAGACGGAGAAGCACAGUUUUCGCCUUGAAUAAGUUGAAUUAGAUGCAGUUGACGGAAUGAAAAUAAUGAUGUUUGCCAAAUGUGCUUUUAACAUUUACAUACAUACUAAUAGUAAUAAUUUAACAUUUAAUUAUAAUUAGCCACUAGCAAAACUAUGUCUAUAUAUACAUACACAUAUAUACUAGUAAUCGUAUAUCCCCCUAACCUUAACGUAAUCAAUCGCUAUCGAUUUCUACUUUUCAUAAAACGAAAUGAUUUCUUUUUUGUGUAUAUUUGUUGUUAGUUUUGUGUAUGUGUUUAUCAGCCAGAUUAUUGCCAAUAUCUAUCCCCACAUUUAUAACCGUAAUGCCGAAUCUAAUGCACUAAUAAGCCAUUCAAAUACAAACACAGCACACAUUUAAUUAAACAAACAAAAACUUUGUACUAAUCAAACGAAACCUAAGCAAAUAAUAUUCGUAACUUGUAACCAUAACACACAAGAUCGUCAUUCGAUUUGUUGUUAGAUCAAUGCAAUUUAUUACUGCGCACCCAUGAAAACUAAAUGUUAAUCGAAACUUAACGAACAUUUUUUUCUUUAGUUAAUUCAGCGCAAAAAAUCAAUGUUGAAUGCGCAUAAACAUUUGGUUGUUCACAUAUAACUUAGUUUUUAGUUCUUAAAUAAUCUAUGUACGCAAAACAUUGUUCUAUGCGUCUUUUAUUGAAAGGUUUUUCUUCUUGCUGUGUAAUCAUAAUUUCUGAUUUCGUUUUGUAUAUACAUGCGAAAUACGUACGAUAGCGAGUCGAUGUGUAUACGUAUUUGCAUAUAUGAAUUGUGUAUUUUUUUGUAAAUUAAUAAAAAAAACAAUGUCUUAACAAUA